AGAUUGCGGUGUAAGUUUUGUGGAAACAGCUUGUUCCAACACAAUUUUCUUUGCAUUUUAAUUGUGGGUGUGUGAAUAGUGAAACAUAACAAUGGUGAAAUCGUUUUUCUUUUGUUUAAGUUUGAAAACAGGAGCUGCAAUUAUGAGCGGGACCAACUUGCUUUUCUCUAUAGUAGCGACAGUAGCAUCCAGUGUAGCAUUAUAUCAUCAUCAAACAAGUGAGGAUGAAUUAUAUUUAAUUUUAACUCUAGUCAUGGGAAUAUACAAUUUAUUUGUUGCUGGUGUUAUAAUUGCUGCUUUGAUUAAGGGUAAUGAAAAAUACGUGUUCCUAUAUAUAAUUCUGGAAAUGACCAACCUUUUUAUAAUCUCGGUAUUUGCUGGCAUAAAUGUUUUCGAGUAUAAAUCAUUUAGUAUAGCAGCUCUUUUUGUUGUGUGUAUGGUGCUUUGGUAUGGACUAUAUUGCAUGGUCGGAUUCUACAAUGAGCUUGCAGAAUAUAACAGCGUCAAAUCCGGUGUCAUCGAAAUCACAUGCAAUACCAACAUAAACCCAGUUGCUUUUCCAGAAAAAGCUAUUGAAAGUACCGCUGUAUAAGUUUAAUAUUCCUGUAACAAUUAUUUACAUGUUUUCCAAUGAACCAAAAGUAAUUUGAUACCAAAACAAUGUUGAUUUCAUUGAAUUAAGAAUCAGUUUAAACUAGUAAACAAUUUUCCGUAUAAGAUCCUGCAAAUAGAGAGUACGAUAUCGGUAAUGCAAUUGUAUUUAAUUACACAUGACAUUUUUUCCAUACUUCCUACCUUGCUUACGUCAGCAAAUCUUACGGUCUGUAGCCAUUUUCCCCCACGAUCGAACACCAAGGAGAUUUCUUGCGUUCUCAUCCACCUCAUCCUCCCAUCGCUGUCUCGGUCUUUCAAAAAGUCUCUCUCCCUUGCAUUCAACAGUUUUUUGGAAGCCUGUUUUUCUCAUCCUACAUACAUGGCCUAUCCAUUAAUAUAGUAGAGUCAGAAGGCAUUUAACAGGGUUAAAUUACGUUAUUCCCUUGUUGUACGCAAGAAACCAACAGAAAACUAAACGCAACUUUUAUAAACAAUUCCAACGAUCAAAAAUACAUACCAGAAAAAAACAGAAAAGUAAAAGUAGAAGAAGAACUAACUGACCCAAUCUAGUUGUAUCUAUGUGAUUCGCUUAAUAUUUGAAUAUAUAAUAAUUUAGAAGAUUUUGCUCCAUGUACUGAAUUAUGAUAAUAAUUGUUGGUUGUAUUACUUAAAGUUUAUAAUAAAUAUUUAAUUUUGAUAUAUUACUAUGUAGAAGAUAUUAAUGUAAAAUUACGUAAAAAUAAAAUCUCUAUUAUU